GUAGGUGACAGUUUUGUACGUGAGGAAUUUGAUGAUGAACACGACGGAGGAGAAAUUAAAAGAAAUCUUCUCUAUCACCGACACAUUGAAAGUAGACAAGGUGAAAAAAUUGAGAGACUUUGCCUUCGUCCACUUUAGAACAAGAGAAGACGCUGAAACCGCUCUCGAGAAACUAAACAAUGUAGAAAUUGACGGAAGCACAGUCGAAGUGACGUGGGCUAAGCCUCCCGACAGAAUUUCAAGGCCCAAAUGUCACUCCAGGCCACACCAGCCUAUUCCAAACAUGGGUCCUUUUCUCUAUGGACCACAAGGAUUUGAUUCUUACACCGCACAUAUUCCUUUUACGAAUUGUCCCAGCAGGAGUGGUCUUUUGUACAGGGUACCACCGUUCAGAGGCAGAGGGAGAGGUGCUGCUGGAAUGAGGCGAUUUAGGAACUUCAAUUCCGGUGCAAAUCCCGGCCACUUCAAACCUCCAGAGGUUGGUUUACCUCCACAUCCUCCACAUUAUCCUCAGUACCAACCAAAUAAAUUGGGUAGGUUACCCGAUAAAAAUGAGCCAUAUCCUCAAGAGUAUGUAUUCAUGCCCAUGGCACCUGGAGCCGAAG